GGAAGGAUCAGGGCAGUGCUCAUAACUCAUGCUCUGGGAAGGCAGGGUAGCCCCAUGCUGGCUCUCUGACGAGGCAUAGGAUGCACUGUCCAAGCUGAACGGAAUUGAGACUUUCAGAAUUCUCUGCACAAACUUGAAAGUGCCUCUGCUGGUUUUGCUACCACUUAAAUGUCUGGCAAGGUGACAGAUCCCUUCUGAAACACCAGUAGCCUUUUGUGGUGUGUUGAAUCUGACAAACAGGAACCUACGCAGGUGCACAACAUUCACUUCUGGGACUAUUGACCUGUCUUUGUACUUAUUAAAGUUUCAUUGGAUGUGAUUGCCACAUGAGUUCCUCAAGGACAAUGGACCCUAAGAUGAGAGAGGCUGAAGGAGAUGGAGAGGACAGUUCAGGAAAGAAAAAAUCAAAGUUCAAAUCUUUCAAAAAGUUUUUUGGUAAAAAGAAAAGGAAAGAGUCGUCAUCUUCUGUGAGCAGCAGUCUGAAGCUGUGCCAGUCAACAAAUGAUGUCGCGGCCUCUCAUGACACGCGCACUAGUUAUGAUUCUGAAGAUGAGCUUGAGACACAUAAAGGCAUUAUGGGAAGCAGAGCUUUGUCACAUGAUAGCAUUUUCAUCCUGGAGACUGGGCAAGAGCCUGCAAGGCCAGUAAGAGUGUUUUCUCAAGAAAACAUUUCUGAUCGGAUUAGAGCUUUACAGGUGAAACUCCAGCCUACCAUGAAAUUGGGACCUCCGCCUCCAUUUGGACUUCAUGCAAAGAGAACAGAGGAUGCUGGGACCAGUUCUGAAGAUGAUGGAUUACCCAGGAGCCCUCCAGAAAUGUCUUUGCUUCAUGAAAGCCUAAGCUCAGGCAUGAGACCGAGAUUCUCUGACUCUCACAGGCACCUUAGCUCUUUGAGUUUAGCUGGAACAGGCAGUGAAGAAGAAGAACAGGUUGCAUUGGGUUCUUCUAGAUCUCGCUCCACAGACAGCCAGCUGUUCCUUAGGCACGGAAGUAGCAAAGCUGGCUCUCCCCGGACAUCUGACAGCACCAUCUCCCCUACAGCCAAUUUUGACACUCCACCUGAGCUUUCUGCUUUCUUGGAUAAUUCUGCUGCUAAGCAUAAGCUUUUAAUAAAACCCCGGAACCAGAGAUCCAGCAGAAUGAGAAAAUUUUCUCAGAGGACCCAGUCUGAAUCUCUGACUGAUUUGAGCUGUACCCCAGAGGAAGACGAAGAGGAUGAUGCUGUAUUCAAGCCCAGCAAUCAAGAACUGCCAUGCACAGCUGCAACACAGGAUGUGGCUUUCUGGCCAAAGCCCAAAAUGCCUGAGGACCACCCCCCUGCUCUGAGACCAGUGGUGACUCAGCCUGCUUCCGAGCCUGCUGAUGGACAGGAAACCCUGCUAGCAGAGAAUCAGCCAGAGGACUGCCCACCAGCCCUGGAAAUGACGUGUGAGGAGCCUGAGUCCUCACUGCCAUCAGAAGGCAAAGACUCUGCAAGUUCUUCCUAUUCCAGUUCAGACAGAGGAGUACAAAAGCAAGAAGAUUCCUCAGAAACACUGGUUCUGUUGUCUGGGGAUGGGUCAAUCAAUAUUGUAAAUCAAGAAAAUAAGGAACUUCCUAGUGUGUUUCCAUUAAACAAAUUACCGUCUGAAGAAAAUAUUUCAAUUAGUAAGAAUAGUAUUGUUUGCUUGGGAAGGUCAGAAGAAAAUAAGCAGAAGGAUGAUCAGGUACAUGUGGAAAUGCCCUGUAAUAAAGGGACAGACAAAGAGCUUACUCUAUUGUCAGAGUCCAGCAAGGAGUGUUUCAUGGGUUCUUCCCAGCCCACAGACUCAUUGCAUGUUUCACAUCCUGCUUCCUCAAUGCAGAUGGGAUCACCUACUUUCUGCUCUCUAGAGAAAAUAAAGACUGCACAGGAGGCAGCUGCUUCUGAGAAGGAGAACAAGGAGGAACAGCUGGGGAAGAAAGCUGAAAAAGCAGUUAAUGAACUCAAUGCCUUCAAAAAGUUUUCUGUUUCCUCUGCACGGGAGAGACCAAGCACCAGAAGCCUCUAUUUCCCAGAAAGAUCAGAGUUGGAAAGCUCAUUAAAUACUGGAUUCUUCCUGUCCAAAGCAAAGGUCUCCUCAAGAAAUGAUAAGUGGCAAGAUGACUUCCAGAAGGGAUCAGAACUGGACAAGGAAAAAAGUAGCAGCAAAAAGGAGACUUUGCUGCCAGAAUCCUACUCUGAGAACACAGGCCAAUCUACAGAAAGUUUGGCUGGUUAUAUUUCCCCAGCUGUUGAUGAAGUACCAAUGCCAAACAAUUCUUCAGCAGUAUCUCAGAAUCAGCCAAGUUUUAAAGAUAAAAGUCCUUUUCAAGUGAAACUUAGAUCCACCUCACUGUCCUUGAAAUAUGAAGACAACUCACCACCAGAAUCAAAAGGGAUUAAAAGAUACAGUGCAGAAUUUAAUUUAGAAAAUGAGGGAUUGCCUUCUUUUCUAAGAGGUGAUAAGCUAGAGAUCAGAAAAACAGCCAAUACAAAUACUGGUGAUUCUUUAAAUGAGAAGAUCAAACCCAAAGCAAAGUCCUCUGAGCAGCUUAGUUGCAAACCACCAUUGCCUAAAAAGCCAGUGUUGCAAAGCAUAACCAUUCCAAACACUGCUGCAAGCAAGGAGAAACAGGACAAAGCUAUUCACUCUCCUGAAUCCAGAAAUGAAGACAGAGACCUGGAGAAACAGCCAACUGCUUGUAAAGUGCCUGAGAAAAGCGUGUCUUCCCCCAUGGCUGCAGGAGACCCUGGGAAAGAUCCUGACACUCCUACAGAGCCAGCCUGGAUUUCCAUUGCAAGGCAAAAACAGAGGGGCAUGCACCAGGAGAAGGAACUCGACAGAGGAAAGCUCAUGGCUCCAGAUAAUGAGUCAAAUACAGAGAAACAGAAUAAAGGAAAGGAACAAACAGAGGGGACAGUGAAACAACAAUGGAGUAAACCUUCACACGUGGCACCUAAAACCACUUCGGAAGAGCAGAGGAAAGACACCAAGUCUGAAACAAAGUCCCUGCUGAGAACCAAUUCAUUGUCACAUUGUGUCCCUGUAGCUCCAUCACCUGCACUGGUGGAUAAGGAGGAAAUGAGCCACUUGAAGAAGGCCAGUAAUGCUGCUCCCAAUCAGCCAUCCUGGAUGGAGCUGGCCAAAAAGAAGUCUCAAGCUUGGAGUGAUAUGCCGCGGAUUAUAAAAUAGAACCACGCAAACAAGGAGCAUCUUUCAUUUGACUGAACUCCUACAGACCAGCAAAUCACAGUAAAGAAUCUCUUGAUACAGAAGGGUUUUAUUAUGCAGCUGUGGAGAAAGUGUGCAAUAGGUGCAGUCAAAAAGUUUACCUUCAAUUUUGUAGCAAUCAGAAUUGCAAUAGCAAUGGAUUACUUAAAUUAUGCUAAGGACGUACUUACACUUCAGAAAAUAAAACUUUUGCCUUAUA